CCCAUGUGAUCUCACAGGCUGCCUCUGCUCUGCUCUACUCCAGUCAGGCUCCUGCUUUUCAGCCGGCUGCAGCUAAUGAGCCUUUGUGUGGCCAGAGAGAGGGAGAGAGAGAGAGAGAGAGAGGGGUAGUUAAAGUGAGAAAAUCUGUCAUCUUGCAACAAUAAAGCAUAUGGUACCGACAGUGCAGACUGAGCUGGAAAAUUACAAGUCACUCUCUCUCACACUCCUGCACCUUUUCUUCUCAUGCCCGCGGAGCUGAGGGGUCGCUGCGAGUCAGUGGACUGAAACAAAAUGGGAACCUCUUCAUUCAUCAUGUUUCACCUUUUUUGAAUUGCUACAUUUUAUGACUGUGUGGCUGUGCUGACUGUGAGAAGAGGUGAAAGGAGGGACAGUCUGCUGGUGCAGUUGCGGGUGCAGAUGCAGCAGCCAUGAGCGGAAUACUGAAAAGAAAAUUUGAGGAGGUGGAAGCCUCCUCCUCCCCGUGCUCUUCCCUGCGGGAGUCUGAUGAUGAGGUUUCCUGCAGCGAGAGUGGGAAUAGCAGCGACAGUGUCAACCCCUCCACCUCAGGACCUUUCACCCCUAAUUCAAUAUUGAAGAGAGAGAAGCGGCUGCGGACGAGGAGGGUGCAUUUUGAAAAUGUGACAGUUUACUACUUUGGCCGGCGGCAGGGCUUCACCAGCGUGCCCAGCCAGGGUGGCAGCACGCUUGGCAUGUCCAACAGGCACAGCUGGGUCAGGCAGUACUCCCUGGGUGAGUUUGCCAUGGAACAGGAGAGGAUCCACAGAGACAUGCUUAGAGAUCACCUGAAGGAGGAGAAACUCAACUCAGUCAAACUCAAGCUGACGAAGAACGGCACAGUGGAGUCUGAAGAGGCCAACGCGCUCACGGCAGAGGACAUUUCCGACGACGAUAUUGAUUUGGACAACACCGAGGUGGACGAGUACUUCUUCCUGCAGCCGCUCACCACGAAAAAACGCAGGGCACUGCUGCGCUCCUCUGGGGUAAGGAAGAUUGAUGUAGAGGAGAAACAUGAACUGCGGGCCAUCCGGAUGUCCAGAGAGGACUGUGGCUGUGAUUGCAGUGUCUUCUGUGACCCCGAGACCUGCGCCUGCAGCAUUGCAGGGAUCAAGUGCCAGGUGGACCGCAUGUCAUUUCCCUGCGGUUGCACAAAAGAGGGCUGCACCAAUUCAACGGGGAGAGUGGAGUUUAACCCCAUCCGAGUCCGGACCCAUUUCUUGCACACCAUAAUGAAGCUUGAACUGGAGAAGAGCCGCGAGCAGCAGCAGGCGUCCCCCAACAAUGGCUACUGCGGUGAGCCUAACGACCUGGGAAGCGGAGACCCCCUCAUCCAGUCCCAGCACAGGUUGGAGUACUCUCUGUCCGACACUGUGCCACAGACGGCCAGCGUGCACCUGCAGAAUGCAGACGAGUCGGAGGAGCCGCUAGACGACGACGAAGAGGAUGACGAUGACGAGGAGGAGGAAGAGGACAAUGACGACGACGACGAAGAGGACAGUAGCAGUGUCUGCAGCGGGUUGUCAGACUCCAGCACACAGAGCUUAGCCAACAGCGACUCUGAGGAAGAGGAUUAUGAGGAUGAAGAAAAGUCGGAGAACUUUGACGACGACAUGGCGGCCGCCCCGGUGUCUCAUACUGAGGUGGUGCCUUUGUCCUCAGUGCUGUGUUACAGCAACGGCUCCCAUGACAACCAUAUGAAUGGAAAUACUUUUUUAAUGAACUCCUCCUCCGCUGAGUACUAUCAGCUCGGCAGCGCCAGCGCUGCCUCCGGUGGCCAAACCAGCCACUCCAGUGAACCCUAUGGUGAACCUGUAGCAUUCCAAGAUCCAGGCAGCAUGGCCCAGGGACCGUUCAACUCGACGGCCGAGCAGUACACGGACUACUCCAAUCAAGCCGCAGAACGAUACCCAGCCAAUCACCAUUUCCCCCUGACUAACGGUCACUCUGACCAACCUGUGUCGCGCUACACGCCCGGCCAGCAGGAGAAGGUGUCGCCCAAAGCGGCGGUCGUGGAGCAGCCAGAAAAGCAGAACCUGACACAGUUUCAAAACUACCUGAACAGUAACACCCAGAGUUCCAGCAGCAGCAGCAGCAGCUCGCGUACGGCAGCCGAGCAGCCGCAGCUAGAGUCCAGUGUUAAUAGAAACUCUGACCUGACCUUACUAGCAAACAGUCCUAAGAACCUCCCUUUACCAGACCAUUGCCCUGAGGUCACAGCCAUUUAGUGAGUCACAUCUUCUUAAGUGUUCUUUCAGUAUUGUGUCUCUCCUGGAGCCUGACCAAGUGGUCUUUUAAAGGGGACAUAGUCAUGGCAUUUUUAUUUAAUUAUCUGACCUUAAAUCUCAAAGCAAUUUAAAAGCACCAUAGUCCAUUUCCAUCUGUAACUAUAAAGCCAUAGAAUUGAGGGGGGGAGGGGGGGGAGGUUUUAAGCCACUGUUUGCUCUAGAAGGUUUCAGGAAGUAGAGUGCGUGUGCCGAACUGCACAAUGACAGGAUAAGAAAUGCAUCACAAAUAUCAGUUAUGUCAUGCUGUGCGAUGUACCUUGUAAUUUCAGAUGUAAAGUUCUAGUUUUAAGCAGAUAUCGUACUGUAAAUGUUACUUUUCUAUGUCUACUGUACGUGUCAUAUGUGCAAAAAAAAGGUUUAAUUGUCAGUUUAUUUAUUGUUAUAGAAUUAUGUGCAUACUUAUAUAUUGUACGUUUUGAUAACAAUGUGCAUGCUGUUUUUUUUGGGGAGGGAGGGCGGAUCUCUGUGAC